GAAUAUACCUACAAAUAUAUCACCCUUUCUCAAGGGAUGAACGCUGCUUCUGGGUUUCGUCGUUCCACUUCGGAAUCCCUGCGAGCCGCGAGCGAAGGUGAUGAGCCUGGCGGCAGAUUAAGACAUAUAGGUAAUUUUCAAAAUGAAGAGCACGCAACUACGGGGACUUCGUCCAUCAUUUUCAUCUCCAUAUGAACGAAAAGGAUAUAUGGAAAUCAAGUGUUCCUCUAUGUCUACUUGUUCAAUGGGUACUCAUGCUCUCAGGAUAGCAAGUCGCCACAGGAUAAAUGAUUCUCUGCUGGUCCUCAAUCGAGCUAAGUUGAUGCCUUUGGUGACCGAAUGUAGAAGACGAGUUUACACUUUUGUCCAAUGCCAGUCUUCUUCAUCUGAUAGCCUGAAUGGAAACGGAUCACCUGAAAUUUUCACUCGGAAGACUGAGCAACCUUUAGAUCAAAUGAAGGACAGGCUCAUCAAAUCAAUUGGAGAUCCUAACAAUGGAUCCCAUCCUAGUAGUGUCAGAAGUGAACUUGUACGUCUUGCUUUACCAGCUAUUGUUGGCCAGGCUAUUGAUCCAUUGGCACAGUUGAUGGAGACAGCAUAUAUUGGUAGAUUAGGUCCUGUGGAGUUGGCUUCUGCUGGAGUAUCAAUGUCAAUUUUCAACAUCAUAUCAAAACUUUUUAAUAUACCGCUCUUGAGCAUUACUACUUCAUUUGUAGCUGAAGACAUCUCAAAAACAACUAGGAAUGAUUUGGAAGAUGAUAAGUUAAUGGAUAAACAUGUUUCUUUUGCUAAGGCUGAGAAAUUGAGACUGCCCUCUGUCUCUAGUGCCUUACUUUUAGCUGCAGCAAUUGGUAUAAUCGAAGCUCUUGCUUUAUUCUUUGGGGCUACCUUAUUUCUCAGUUUGAUGGGAAUAUCACCUGCUUCACCUAUGCAUCAACCAUCCCAGAUAUUUCUUUCUUUAAGAGCACUAGGUGCUCCUGCUGUUGUGGUUGCUCUAGCGGUGCAAGGUGUCUUUCGUGGUUUUAAGGAUACCAAAACACCCCUCUUUUGUGUAGGGUUGGGCAAUCUUUCUGCUGUGCUUUUAUUACCAGUAUUUGUGUUUUAUUUCCACCUUGGCAUUGUUGGAGCUGCUGUGGCCACUAUUGCAUCCCAGUACAUUACUACUUUUUUACUGAUUUGGACUCUUAGUAAAAGAGCUGUCUUGUUACCCCCAAAGAUUGAAGAUUUGGAGUUUGGAGGUUAUGUGAAAUCGGGUGGUUUGCUGCUUGGACGAACACUUUCAGUCCUGAUUACAAUGACUCUUGGCACAUCAAUGGCUGCUAGGCAAGGGCCUUUGGCCAUGGCUGCUCAUCAAAUAUGUUUGCAAGUAUGGUUGGCUGUAUCUUUACUUUCAGAUGCAUUAGCUGUUUCAGCUCAGGCACUGAUUGCUAGCUCUUAUGCAAAAUGUGACUAUGACUGUGUGAAACAAAUCACAUUCUUCGUCUUGAAGGCAGGGUUAUUUAUUGGCAUAGCGUUAGCUGUAGUCCUAGGUGCAUCAUUUGCUAAUCUUGCGGAAUUGUUCACAAAAGAUACUGGAGUUCUACAAAUUGUUAAAACUGGUGUGCUGUUUGUUGGUGCCACUCAACCUAUAAAUGCUUUAGCAUUUAUCUUUGAUGGUCUCCAUUAUGGUGUUUCUGACUUUGCCUACUCAGCAUGGUCUAUGAUGACGGUUGGAGCAAUUUCUUCUGCUUUUCUCUUCUAUGCCCCAUCUAUAUUUGGACUUUCUGGCGUUUGGUCUGGCUUAACCCUUUUCAUGAGCUUGCGGAUGGUUGCAGGUUUUUUGAGAUUAAAUUGGAGUACAGGUCCAUGGCGAUUCCUACAUCAGGAAAUUCCUAAGCUUAAGGUACCAUAUGGCUCGGGUUCUCCCUUGUCACUUGAAGAAGAUGAGGUUGAGUAUGACUAUGCAUCUACUACUGAAUGAAGAGAAGAAAGACAGUCUCACAUUAUGUUGUCUCGCAAUCAUUCACCUUCACUAACCAUUUUUAGACUUCUAGGAAAUCACAAUUAUUAAUCAUUAUGGCUUACCUCACACUUCACACAUUUCAUUAUAGUUCAUUCAGUUCAUCUGAUUCGACCAAGAGAAAGAUUUAGAGAAACAACUAAUGGGGUUCCUUGUCUAAUCCGAAACCAUUAUUCAAGUGUUCCUUCAUUUUUGCUCUUUAGGAAUAUAGGGUGGAGAUUAGUGAGAUUCAUCUUUGGUUUUCCAUAAUGUUGAUCGCCAAGCCGGAGAAGAUGAGCAAGUAGUGGCUAUAAGUGAGACUGAAAUCAAGCAAAACAACAGGGACGUGGGGCGUGCACUCAUUCAAUAUUCCUAAUUUAUGCUUGUGGCAAACAGAUAAAAUGUUAUCUCGAAUAUACUCUUUAUGUGUUCAUGAAAGUUCAACAUCAAUUGUUCUAGAUUUGAUUGUGUUUCUUCAUAAUAAGUUCAUCAUCAAGGGCUUGUUUCCCUUGGUGAGCUUUACAGGAUUAAAGUCUACCAGCCGUGCUGUAAGUAAUAGAUUUUCAAGCAUAUGGAGUUACCCCUCUUCAUACUAAUUUUUAUCUUUUCCAA